GGCAGUGCUACCGGACUAAUCGCACUGAUCCAGGCAGCAGGAGGACGUUUCCUGAAACAUCUGCGGGUCGGCCGCCUAUUUUCAAGCUUGGUUCACCUUGCCUCGAAGAUGAAGUUAAAUACGAGCUGCCGUCAGGUGCAAGCCGCAUCCGAUGGAGCCCUGCUUUUUGUCUCGUUCAUCGACCAACCCGAUGCAGCAGCACUUCCUUAUGUUGCGGUCCCAGCUGACAGAUUCUGAUAUGGACUAUGAGAGGCCAAACGUUGAAACUAUCAAGUGUGUGGUGGUUGGAGACAAUGCAGUCGGAAAGACCCGCCUUAUCUGUGCCCGGGCCUGCAAUGCCACACUGACUCAGUACCAGUUACUUGCUACACAUGUGCCCACAGUCUGGGCAAUUGACCAGUACAGAGUAUGCCAGGAGGUAUUAGAGCGCUCCAGAGAUGUGGUGGAUGAUGUCAGUGUGUCCCUUCGCCUCUGGGAUACUUUCGGAGACCAUCAUAAGGACCGGCGUUUUGCAUACGGCAGGUCUGAUGUGGUGGUACUGUGCUUCUCAAUCGCCAACCCCAACUCUCUAUACCAUGUGAAGACCAUGUGGUACCCUGAGAUCAAGCACUUCUGUCCCCGUGCUCCUGUCAUCUUGGUGGGCUGUCAGCUGGACCUGCGCUAUGCAGACCUGGAGGCGGUGAACAGGGCACGGAGGCCUUUAGCUAGACCCAUUAAAUCCAAUGAGAUUCUUCCUCCAGAGCGAGGCCGGGAGGUGGCCAAAGAGCUGGGAGUGCCAUAUUAUGAAACCAGUGUUGUUGCUCAAUUUGGAGUCAAGGACGUCUUUGAUAAUGCUAUCCGAGCUGCGCUCAUCUCGCGCCGACACCUGCAGUUUUGGAAAUCUCACCUCAGAAAUGUUCAGCGACCUCUCCUUCAGGCGCCCUUCCUGCCGCCAAAACCUCCCCCACCUAUAAUCACUGUGCCUCCUCCCCCAACUACCACAGAGGAGCAUCCAGUCGGUCUUCUGGAGGACCCACACUGUGCUGAUGUCAUCCUGGUCCUGCAGGAGCGACAGAAAAUCUUUGCACACAAGAUAUACUUGGCAACAUCCUCUUCAAAGUUCUAUGACCUCUUUAUUAUGGACACGCAAAAUGAGGAGACUGAAAGGCCCUCUCGUGGUCCUCUCUCUGGCCGAGAGCUGCUGAUGCGUGCUGCUAGCUUUGAUGUUUGUGAAAGCAGCGAUGAUGGAGACAGGGCCAACCUGAGGGCUUGCACUAGUGAUGGGACCUUAAAAGACUCUGAGGGGGGCCGACGGGGCAGGCUGCUCUCCUCAUGGAGCCGAGCUUUUGUCAGCAUCCAGGAGGAGCUGGUAGAUGACCCUGUCACAUACAGCCCGAGGCCCAUGACCGUAGUGCACAUGGACCAAUCCAUGCAGCUCGGUCCUUUCCGAGCAGUGCUUCGCUACCUGUACACAGGUCAGCUAGACGAGAAUGAGAAAGAGUUAAUGCACAUUGCACACAUUGCUGAGCUGCUGGAGGUCUUUGACCUGCGGAUGAUGGUGGCAAACAUACUUAACAAUGAAGCCUUCAUGAACCAAGAAAUCACCAAAGCCUUCCACGUACGGCGCACAAACAGAGUCAAAGAGUGCUUGGCCAAAGGCACCUUUUCUGAUGUAGUAUUCAAGCUAGAUGAUGGGACCAUCAUGGCCCACAAGCCUUUACUCAUCUCUAGUUGUGAUUGGAUGGCAGCUAUGUUCGGCGGGCCUUUUGUGGAGAGCUGCACCAAAGAGGUGCUGUUUCCCAACACAACUCGCAGCUGUAUGAGGGCUGUACUAGAAUAUCUCUAUACGGGGCGGUUUUGUUCUCGGCCUGACCUGGAUGCAAUGGAGCUUAUUGUUCUUGCCAAUCGUCUUUGCCUCCCCCACCUGGUUGCACUAACAGAGCUCUAUACAGUAACAGUACUGACAGAGGCAGCGAUGAUGGGGGCUGACAUUGACGGAGACGUGCUGGUGUACUUGGAUAUGGCCCAGUUCCACGGCGCCCAACAGCUCACUGGCUGGUGUCUUCACCACAUCUGCACCAACUACAACAGUGUCUGCCGCAAGUUUCCCCGAGAUAUGAAGUCCAAGUCUACAGAGAACCAAGAGUACUUUGAGAAACACCGCUGGCCACCUGUGUGGUACCUGAAAGAGGAUGACCACUACCAAAGAGCACGCAAAGAGCGCGACAAAGAGGACUACCUGUACCAGAGACGGCAAUGUAAACGCAAGUGGCUCUUCUGGAACCUUCCUUCCUCCCCUAACUCAAACUCUCCUUCCUCUGGCUCAUCCGCUGUCAUCUGACGGAGCGGUAAGGCCAGGUCCACUCUGAAGUACAUCAGUGUGGAUGCGAGUGGUGAAAGAUACAAUAGAAGAGAACCACUGCUGGCAAGGUACGCCCCAAUUAUUCAGGCACACAGUCUCUCCUCCUGUUUGUUUGUCUCUGCAGUCAAACGGCACUCCUCCAGGUCUGCAAGGUCAGCUCAAUCUGACGGUGAAAGUAAUGAGUUUUGUUCCUUAGAUUUUUAGCUUGGUGUACACGAAACUCAAACCUCAGUGAUAUGAACCUCACUGACAAAUGGCACAGUGUAACUGGCGCAAAUAACAACUCAUAGUGAUUGUUAUAUGUUCCACCACCUGAGUUUUAAAAUAAGGACUCUGCUGGCACAGAACUUUCCACCUAUGAUCAUAGUUAUCAUCAAUUAACCUGAACUGAUAACCAAGUGCUGCUUAUCAGCUGCAACAACCAGCAAUUAAACACAGAACUUCUCCGUCUCAGAGAUAUAACACUUUGCCCUUAAGUGUUUGUACAAUCUACCAAACUAUGUGUACAGUAUGAUCUCGUCAACAGGAUGUAACGAUAGUGUGGCCUGCCAGGAAUCACUUUUUGAGGUCAAUCACUCAAACCCGGCUGAUUGUGAUCGUGUAAGCAUAAACGAAAACACCGGCAAGUUCUGCUCUUGUUAAUUUGUGUACAGUCAUUCUAGUUUUGAAUGUUUUUGUACAGCUUGCACAACUAAAAGUGAUGUGAGUCUGGACAAAUUUAGCAUUUUCAUGUUGUGAUCUUGUGAUUUGUGGCCUCUUGUCACAAAAGGGCUUUAGUUUACAUGAAUGCAUUCAGUGUCCUGAGACACAAGAGAUCCCAAAUCAAGGAAAAUAUCUGUAUUUUUCUGUAAAAUGCCAGCAAAAACAAACCACUAUUAUUUCCUAUGUGGCGCUUGUUGAGGCUUUUCAGCACACGUUUCCUUCAGUUUUAUACUGAGUGAUUCCAUCAGCUCAAUCACUGUCAUCCUGGAAAGCAACACAUAAUGCAUCUCCGAGCAAAUGCACGAUGUGGUUUAGCCAAGUAGGACACGCUUCUGGAUCAACAUCCCACAUUGCAAUCAACAAAUCAAAGCCGUCUGACAUCAUCAGCUCCUGCGCUUCUGUCAAAUCUCCUUUGUGCCUCUGUAACAGAAAUAAAGACAAUAAUGGAAAUCACACUAAAGGCAACAAUCACGACAAGACUUAUGGGUUGCAGUGACAUCAAAAUUACCAGUACACUACACUACACACACAAGAUAAAAUAAUGAAUAAAUAAUUAUAUAAAAAUGACUAAAAAAUGAAGCAAAGAAAUGGGGAAAAAAUGGGAAAAAAACAAGGAGGCUUAGUCUCACAACCAGGCAGGGAGGUCAAAGAAUCAAUAUUAUUUAGGAGAUGUCUCCAUUUUUUUUCAAAAGAGUGAAAGGAACCUUUCAGGGCAAAUCCAAGUUUCUCGAGUCUAAUGCAUGGUAAAAUGUCUUUCAAUUUAAUAGAUUUUUAAAGAAAACAUGCUUUUAAAGCCCACUAGUGGGCUUUGGAGUUCAGAAGGUAUUUAAAAUAAACACACAAAAUAUGACCAUUAAAAGUUGGAUGUCCCUCUGAAAAUCAAAAAUUUAGGCUAACUCCCACUAAGGAUAAUACCAUUCCUCAGUUGUGAAGCCCUACUUUUUUUUAUAUAUCCUAUUAUUUUUUUUAUUUUUUAUUUUUUUUGCAAAGCUAGUGUCAAUCUGGGACCAUCAUCACCAUGCUGACCCUGGAUAAUGUGUUUGUAUUGAUCCUGGACUAUCGCCAAAAUUAGCUCACUGAUGAUAUCAGAGGGCUGUGAUUGGUUGAUUGCAGUAUUGAUUUAGAAUUGCAUUGUGGGAUGUUAAACCCGCAACAUGUCCUGCUUGGCUGAAUCGUGUCGCACCAGACGGCACUCGCAGCAUUUCCAGAGCUGAAGCGACCACAUCAUGUUCAUCAUGUGCACCCGCCCUCUGUGUUGGUGUGUUUGACGUAUCUGUCACUGGUGGUGAUUUGGCCUUUAGAGAUUUUUCAUUGUCGAUCAGAGGAUGCUCCCCUGACUGUCUGCAGUUGGCUAUGUUAGACCUGUACAUGCAGGAGGCUUCCUCAUGCCUGGGUGAAGUCAUCCAUACUACACACCUCAAGCACUUUUUGGACUCUUCUCCAUAGAGACACACACAAGAACCUCCAGUAGCAGCAUCUUGGGGAACGGCACUAAAAACAGUAUGGUGUCAUGACACUCUGUGGCAAAUUUUAAAACAAAAAGGAACUGGCAAGGAUACAGAACCCUGAUAUUUAAAAUGUUUAAAAAAAGGUUGUGAAGAGGUUUGGAUUAAGUCAUUUUUUCUUGAUUUGUGUUGCACACCUCACAGUGUAUGUUCAAGAUUGUCAUCUACCGUUAUACUUGAUUGUAAGAUGGGCUGCAGGGUUAUUUGGGUUUGUAAGCGCGAUGCUCAGUGAGGAGGGGUAGUAUUGUAAAUUGUACAAAAUAUCAGAUGAACUGCAAGUAACUUGCAUCACUUUAAUGUGCUGUUACCUAAUAUUGUGCACUGCAGGCAGUGAGCAGAACCGUACAGUAUUACUGAGUAAUACAUAUAAUGAAUAUAGACUUGACUUGCAUUUAGUUACUGUGCAGCUACAAACUGUUGUUGAAAAUAACUGAAUAUUCAUUGUGCUGACCUCCAGUUACAUCUACUAUAUACUGUAGUAUACAUGCAAAUUACAGGCAGUUCACACAAACAGUUGACUAAUAGUAAAAUAGGAUUACAGUGUAAAGUAAAGUAGACACAUGUUUAUAUAAAGGACAUUAUAAAGACUUAUGGUACAUUCAUAAAACAUGCCAUUUCUAUCAAAAAAAAAAGUCAAUUCUGAUGGCAGCAUUAUGUUAAAGAAAGGGUAGCUUUAAUCCUGCAUAUGAUUGGUUAGACUUUUCCAUAUAGUUUUUGACUAGACUUAGAGCCCAACAAAUAGCGUAAAAUGAUGUUGAAUCAGUUCAGUGACAAAAUCAAUUUCUUGCUUGUAUUAACUCUUGACCUAAUGACUACACUGCAUGAACAGGGCUCACCAAAAUAGAUGAUGUUUAUUCCUUGUCAUUUAAAGUGUAAGAUGUAGAUAUAGAGUAGUGGUGCUGGUGCUCUAAGCAGUAGCUUUAAAUUGUUCUCAAUUACAUUAACUUUUGUUUAUUGCUGAGUAAACACGUCUCUAAAUUGAACUAAUCUUUUGGCACCCAUGGUCAGACGUUAAGCUGGAGGAAGUUUUAUCCUAAUUCUGAAUGUUUUCCUUCAUUAGAGCAUCUGCCUAAUAAAUAAAGUGUCCAGUCUUCACACAGAAAACGGUUUAUUAAAAUAGUUACACAGCAGGAGGGUCUAUAUUGUUAGAAUUUGCCUUGGUUGUGUGAUUGAUAAAUAUCAUAGACAUGCAUUUCAUUCCUCAGUGCAUUGCAUUUCUCAACGAGUCUUCUGCUGAUGUUUUGCAUCAACAACACCUCAUGCCUUAAUGUACAGUAUAGUGUAUGGUAUCGAAUGUAAUGUAGUGUUAUUGUGAUUUCCAGUUUGUUUGCUCUGUGUUCAGUUACCAUGGUGCUCUCUAGGUUGUGUGUGUGUGUGUGUGUGUGUGUACCUGUAAAUGUACAUAAUCCAUAAUUUGGAUCUAAAGCAAUCGACGUAUGAUCGAUUCAUGAGUGUGCUUCAGUUUGAAGACUGCGGAGGGUUUGUGUCCUUUUGAAGCCGUGAACAUAAAACUAAUUAAAAACUCUGACCAUCAAAGCCACACUAGACUAACAUAAUGACAAACCAUCAAUUUGUGACAUUAACCAUGUAAUGAAUGCAGGGAAUUUAACUCAGUUCCAUUCUUUGAAAAUCGCUUUAUGCUAAUGAUCUCCAGUUUUGGAGUUUGCAUAAUUACAAAAUGCUGAGACAGUGUGGCUAUUGGAAGUUAGACUAUAACUCGAAAAUGUAAAUAGAAAUUGUGUGAUGACUUGCAAUUCAAACUUGGCAUAGCAAUUGAUACAAGCUAUUGCAUAGUUUAACAUAUAUAAUGUUUUUGUACUAUGCAUACUGAAAUGUCUGACUUUGAAAUUACAAACUUGCACUGCUUUGUAGCACCAGGUUCUAUUCAAAUUGCAUUAGAUGGAAUAGCAACAUCAAUAUUAGAUAUGUAGACAACAUCAGGUAAAAAAAAAAAAAGAAAAAAGAAAAAAAAAAAAUUAGAUCAUAAAUUACUAAGAAGUUGUCACUGGGGCCCUUUUCCAUAUAUUUGGGUGCUAAUUUCACCGCUGCAGAGAAGCACAAACCAAAGGGAGCUUUAGCAGCACCAGGAAUAUAUUAUAUAUGCUGCACAAUCACUAUUGCAUAGUUUAAGAGGCCUUGUUCUGAAAUGGUUUAAAAUUAAAUAAAUAAAAAAAAAUGAAAUGAAAAGAAAAAAACUUGAAUGUUUUCUCAGUGUUCAAAGCCUGAAUGACAUUUUCCUUAGUCAUCAGGUAUUUUUGUUCUCAAGAGCUGUUUUUAUUGUUUAGGAGCUGUAAAUCUGAAAUUCUGUAGCAUGUGUUCUUGAAAAUGUGUAAAUAAUAUUUACUAAAUAAAAAAGCAGCAACGU